GUUCAUUUUCAUAGAAGAAUUAAAUCGUUAGAGCAGGUGCUCUUAAAAUGGAUGGAUUCUUAUUAAUCAGUACUAUUCAUAAAUAUAGCUGUGUACACAGUUAUCCCCAUCUAUAAUGAAUUUGUUUAUAGUUGUCAAUAUGCAUUCACUUAAAAGAAUGAUAACUGUGCUAUGAUUGCUUUUACAUGUUCCGAAUUAUAAUGGCUGUUUUACGGGGUACAGAUUUCUUAACAGGAUUUUGGUUUGAUGUAUUAUUACGGACUGUUUUAGCAGGACUGUUCAUAGAACUAGAAAAAGCAGAACCAUUUACAAGAAAAAUUCAGGAGGAUGAAUUAUGGUUAUAUAAAAAUCCAAGAACCGAUUCGUAUGUUACAACUACAGUAUUAUGGCCUCUAGUAUUUCUUAUGCCUGCCAUAGUGAUCUUUUUUACUUUCAUAGUUUAUAAGAACAAAACUGACUGCUAUCAAGCAGUAUUAUCAGUCACUUUAGCAUUAGGAUUCAAUGGUGUUAUUACAGACAUUAUAAAACUUAUAGUUGGUCGUCCUAGACCAGAUUUUUUUUGGAGAUGUUUUCCCGAUGGAAAAAUGAAUUCAGAUUUCAAAUGUAAUGGAAAUCCAGUUACUGUGAGAGAUGGAAAAAAAUCAUUCCCAAGUGGACAUUCUUCUUUUGCCUUUACAAGUUUUGGUUUCAUUGCACUGUAUGUAGCAGGUAAACUGCAUACAUUCAGUUUAGUUGGUAAAGGACAAUCAUGGAAGUUAUGUGCAUUUGUUUUACCAAUUUGUAUUGCCCUUGCUAUUGCACUGAGUAGAACUUGUGACUAUCAUCAUCACUGGCAAGAUGUAGUUGCAGGUUCAGUAAUAGGAUACUUUCUGACAUAUCUGUGUUAUAGACAUUAUUAUCCACCAUUAGACUCACAAGUAUGUCAUCAACCAUAUGCUAUGCUUACUUUGCAAUCAGAAAGUGCAAAGAAUAGAAAUGAUCAGAUCAAGUGGAUCUAAUAAUGAAUUGUAUUAAUUUAACAAUAUCUUAGAUAAUUUCAUAUUUU